GAAGUUGCUGCGUCCAUAGAAACAGGAAACAAAACGACCUUGUUGCUAUCAGACAGGAAAGAGUGAUAAAAGUGGACAUAUGAUAUUUGUCCGGAUUGUUUAAAGAACAAUAGAAAAAUGUCAGCAACAGCAGGUUUGCAGAGUCGAGAAGUGCCACCAGAGAGGCCAGCUCCAAUGGCAGAAACAUCCGGAGGCUGCAGAAAUGAAAAUAUGGAGAUAACUUACACUGGAAACACGGGGAAUGACAUGGGAAUUUCUACCAUGGGUUUCAGAUCAUCAAAAUAUAAUCCACCAGAAUGGCAUGAAAAUAAUUACUCCAAAUAUUACCAGUCGUUCGUUGACAGGGAUAAUGGAGAAAGGAUUCGCCAUGAAUCAAAGCGAACCAUCAAUGAAACAGAAGCGACUACAAAUAAAACACAGGCUGAAGUUACAAAGAAGCUUGGAGAGAGAAUUCAAGACAUUAAUUUUUGGAAAUUUGAAUUAGAACGUGAAACCAGGGAUGUAAUAGAUGAAACAGAAUUAUUGCUUGCUCAGAAAAAGAGGUUGGAAAAUGCGUUACGAGCCACUGAAAUUCCACUUCAUAUUGCCACAGAUAACUUGAACUGCCGACAGAGAAGAGAAAACAUAGAUCUUGUUCAAGAUGAUGUUGAGCUGUCGUUGCUUAAGGAGGUAGAAAUUAUAAACAAUGUUCAAGAUUUGCUCAAGAAGACCAUAGAUCAAGCAGAAAAGCAAAUAAGGUUGAACCGUGACGCUAAGCAGAACUUGGAGAUGGACUGGAGUGACAAGAAGGAAGCACUAGAGAUUGAUACAUCAUCUGGUGCUCUCAAAAAUCAACACACUAACAAACAGUUCUACCCAGGUGCUGCUAAAUUCCAGGAAAUUCAGUCAACACCAGAGUCUUGGGCCCAGUUUUCACAUGAUAACAUUGUUCGUGCCGAACAUGAGAGAAUGGCAUCAAUGCAGCUCCGUCAGUUGAUAGAUAACAUCCUUGAAGAUACAUCCCGUGAUGAGCGAGAACAAUGUGACGCUGUUGAUGUUGCAUUCCAGAAGAGAGUCACAGAGAUGGAAGAUGCCAAGACCAAGAUGGAGGAGAACCUUAAAAAGGUAUGUGAGGAGAUCACCCAGAUGGAGAAGAACAUCGCGAACUUGAAGAAGGCCAUCAGAGACAAGGAGAACCCGAUGAAAGUCUCCCAAACAAGACUUGAAAACCGAACUUUCAGGCCUGGUGUUGAGCUCUGCAGAGAUCCAGUGCAAUACAAACUGGUUGGUGAAGUGAACGAGAUCCACACCUCUAUUGAUGCUCUGACAGACAAACUGAACCAGGCUAACAACUCUCUGAAGGACUUGCAGGAUAACCGUAUGGGGCUGGAAAAGGAAAUCUCCAUCAAGAAGAACAGUCUGUUCAUCGACAGAGACAAGUGUAUGACUGUACGCACACGAUACCCCACCACACUAAAACUGCAGGGAUACCAAUAAUCAUUCAAAUAUAAUUUUGACAUUUAGACAUUUUCAAAAUACUACAUAAAUAAAUGAAAUUAAAGUGUCGAGUAAGAAAAUACUUAUAAUAUGAACAUGAACAUAGUUUUUUGAUAGUGCUUUUAUUUCCAUAAAUGUUUAUGUUUAAAAUCAAAAUGAGUUCUUUUUAUAGGGUAUUUUUGGGAAUUAUAUGAUAAAAACAGUAUUGAGUGCAUAUUUUGGAUUAUGGAAAGGUUAGAGAUAUGUAUAACUAAGCCAGGAUAUAUCUUGUCAGUAUCAGUGAAUAUUAAAUACAUGUGUAUUAUUCUUAAAUGAUCAUUAUUAUCAAGGCAUUUCGUCUGUUAUUGGCAUAAUUUGCUACAUAUAAUCAUCAGUAUUAUCAUUGAUUGCUGACCGUUUUCCCCCGCGAGAUCCGUUGUUGUAGAACCUGUAUGUUAGUUUCACUGUCGUGUGGGUGCACCUUUAUCUGUGAUAUAAAUGUACCUUUUUUUAUAAAUGUACUUUUUUAUACAAAUGUUAUUUCCGUCAUCUAAAGUAAUAUCUCCAGCUGUUUGUUACUUGCUCUAGAAGUCUCCAUUUUACAAAUUGCCCUUUUCAUUGCAAAAUCAGUAUUGUGUAGAUCUGUACACAGGAGUAGGAGUUUGUGAUGAAAUCGGCAACUCUUGUUAAAUUUCAAGUAUUUUAAACAAUUUUAACAUUAUUACUGCCUCUUUUUGUCUUUGUUGCAUGAUAGGUACUGUUUCCAGAGUCUGGACAGUCUUGUUAUAUUGUCUUUUUCCCUUGUGUUGCAAAAAAAAGCUUUUAAAGUGUAAAUAAAAUGGUGUAUUAUGAA